GGCUAAUAGUCACAUGAUCAAAACAAUCGUUGCAGGGAUUUUUUCAACAACAUGGCGGAAAAUGACGUUAUAAUUGUAGUACAGAUGAUUUUAACUUAAAGUUUUAAGAAUUUGCCAUGGAUAAGAAUAAAAGACAUUAGGGCUUAAAGCAGUCCUGCACAGUUAACAUGCCUUGGUACUUUCCUUGGUCUGAGUCUAUCAAGAAGAGAGCAUGUCGCUAUCUUCUUCAGCACUACUUGGGGGAUUUUCUGAAGGAAAAGCUUACUUUGGAACAGUUAACUGUUGAUUUGUACAAUGGAAAGGGUACUGUUUCGGACGUUCUUCUAGAUGUUUGGGCUCUCAACGAGGUACUGGAAAGUGUUGGAAUCCCAUUAGAGAUCAUAGAUGGCUUUAUUAGCUCUAUUUCAGUUGCAGUGCCCUGGACAUCUUUGCUGAGUGAGAGUUGUCAUAUUGACCUCAAUGGUCUUGAGCUAACAUUAGCACCAAAACAAAGAUUUGACCCCUUCAAUCAUGGGAAUAUGUUUGAUAGCACUAUGUCUUGGAGUUCUAUGAACAUGACAACUAGCAUGCAACUGGCACAACAAUGUUUGAAGCAAGAUGCAACUGCUGGGGAAGAACAGGCAGAAUCAGCUCAAAUGUUUGAGGGUCUCGAAGCAUUUGCACAGACAAUAGAAUCAGUGCUUUCAAGGAUAAAACUUUCAUUCACAAACACAAUAAUCAGGCUUGAAAACAUUUUACCUGACUGUGUUCAUGGAGUUGGCCUUGAGCUUCAUAUUGAUAGAAUUGAUUACCUGGAUCUAUCACAUGAUGAAAUUAAUGAAGAGCUGAGCCCUGACCAUGCUGUAUAUGAACCAGUUGCUAUAGCAAUAAAGAGUUUCCAAAUAUAUGGACUCAAACUUUAUAUGGAUGAGUUUCCUUUUGAGAAAAGGACUCGCCUGAGAGAGGCAGAUGAGAGAGAGGGUCAAGAGUAUGAUGAACACUUACAUUUGGGUGAAGAAUUGGCUAGAAUGCCAGGACACAAUAAUCAAAAGGAUAACUUAAAUUUAAUGCCUCAAGUUCAAAUAUUAGCAUCACAUGGCAAGCAAAGUGUUCGGGUGAAAAUCAAACACAAUGACACUCUCCCUGGCCCAAAGGUUGAUCUAGAAUAUUCCUUGGGAGCUUUAAACAUUUUGCUGUCACCAAAACAACUGCAUUUACUAAUUGACAUGGCUACAGCAAUUUCUAUGUCUUCAACAUUAUCUCAGACAAAAGAAGGCCAAAAGAAAAACUCCAUGCGACCCAUGAACACUGAUGAUUAUAGAAGAGUAGAGCAAGCUCUGCAGCAGCAAAUAACAGCACCAUCAGGCAAACGAAAAUUCGACAAAAAGCCUGACUCUUGGCACAACGCAUUGGAAAGUUUGAACUCGACACACAGCUUGAAUUCGAGCGAAGGUCAAGAUGAGGAGUUCUAUUCCAUGUCCGAUUAUAGCUCGCUGCCUCCUCUUGGCCAACCCCCUGGAUUUCCUGGUUACAGCCCUGAGAAAUCACUGACUAAUGUUAGCCUUGGAGGAAAUGGCUCGUUAGUGAGCGCGGUGAACUCGCCCCCAAAAGGAAGUCUCACUGAACAGGCUACGAACGUAUUCAGAGCGUCUACGUCAUCUCCUCCAAGUGUAUCACAAGCCUCAAGAGCACCCCAUAUACUGAAGGGACCGCGUGUUAAUCAAAAUGCUGGGCUUGUUGGUAUAUCCUCAUUAGAUGACACUUCUGAUUUGACAAAUCUCAAACUGCGAUCAAGCAACAUAAUCAUCAUCCUUUUACAUCAAGACCCGAUUGACACGUGUAAAAAGCUUGUGAAAGAAAACAGUGCUGAACAUUCCUUGCUCGAACUUUCAGAAGAUUUCUUUGAGGGUAUUGCACCAUUUUCGAUACAGAACUUGUUUAGCGAGGCGGGUGAAGAUGCCAGGAAGGAGCUUGCAUCUCUCUGUGCCUAUGAUCACGUGAGGAUUCUGAUGUCCGCUGUGACAACAUCGUGUGAAUGUAGAACUGUGUCUGGUAACCGAUCCCUUGGAGUGGAUCUUGUCAUUGGCAAACUAAUGGUCGAAGAGAAUCUGUAUGAUAAGACCCGAAAGAAAUCAUCUUCUCUUCCAUGUUCUCAAACUAAGUUGCUAUAUUUCCCCACCGAUCAAGCAAUGUCAGUCUAUCCAACUGGUUUCGGUGCAGCACCUUCGCCAUGUGUUAAGGUCAGAAUGCAAAAGACAGAACGUGGAAAACCCUCUUUAACGGCUGUCCAGUCGCGAACUUCAAUCGUGCCCAAAUCACUCGUCAACAUCCAGUUAAGUAAGGUUGAAAUAGACGUUGAUGUUUCAAUUGUUGAUCGCAUUGCUGCCAUUAUGUAUCCUCCUCCGCUGCUACAUAGGUCUGAAAAUCGCUCAAAUACUACUAUGUACAGCUCGUUUCUCUCUGGCAAUCUGCUGAACCGGCAAACUGCAUUCAACCAAGCAAUGGAAGAUAGCCCCGUUCAUUUAGAUUCUAAAACAGAUAUAAGUGUCACAUGCAACGAAAUGAGCAUCAUUCUACGGUUUCCAGUCCCAGAUCUUCGUCCUGCAAGUGAUAUAGACAAGCAUCAGUGGUGGCAGAGAUCUAUUCGAAAGGAAUAUAUAACAACAAGUUUGCAAAACGUUGAAUUUAAGACAGUUUUCUCUCAGUCUCAAGCAUCAAAUUUUUAUGAGCUACGUUUCAGAAAUGGGGAAGGCUACUUCCACCAGACUGAUGAAGACUUGCUCCAGUUUUUUAAGGUGUCGUGUGCCAAAAACGAGGAAGAUGUUGAAGAUAUGCAUCUCGAUUGGCCUAGGAUAGUUGUAUACAAACAACCACAAACGACGCGAUCAGUGUUUGAUGAUGCUGAGAGCGAGGCUAAUGCCUCCCCGGACUCUCAGUUUGGCUCUCUUGAAGACUCCUUCCCGUGGAUCAAGACGGAUCCGUCUCCAUUUUCAGCCAACCCAGCUAUGUUUGAAAAAGAAGAGUUGGUCAUGCCUGGCAGUAUUCCAGAGAUGAACAGUUUCCAAGACAUUGCUUCUUCGUCAUCAAAGUUUUUCGUCAGUUUGUCGUUCCCAGACCUGCAACUCAAUCUGCACGAGAAAAGUGUUUUUGAGCUAAUAUACAAUAGACUUUUCAACGACUUGCUAAUGUGGGAACCUUCUGUUCCAUCACCACUCGAGACGAUGCCUCCUCUUGUUUAUCCACAAAUACAAAACAACAUUCACGUCAACCUCGCAAGCCAAGUUGGUAUUUCCAUGAACCAGAAGUUCUUUAUGUGUCGCUCCGCAAUUAAAGAUGGUUAUGAUUCAGAUUCCGAUCAAGACAACAGCCUAGCAUCCACAAUUGGCGAUGGAAUGACGACAGAAAACCAACAAGCGUUGCUUAAUCAGCAAAGCAAUAUUGCUGUGUCCGUUCAUAUUGAUCGAGGAAAAGUCGCAUUUUUCCCCAAAACCCAGGGGCAUGAAGAAGAAAACUCUACCGAGAAUGAAAUUGACGCAGAUUUUGGACACGUUGUCAUUGAUGUCGAAGAUUUGAACUUUUUCACCGUGGUGUCGUACAGAGGUGACGUAAAUCUUGACUACGCCCAUUUGUACUCCGGUGAUGCAACAUUAUACCACUCCGGUCAAGUUGAUUGUGAGAUUGACCGUUUUCGGAUGGAUGACGCGUUCUUCUGCGGUAACUUGAACCGAACUUUAUACCGAUCUGACGAGAGCGUUUUGGCUCAGAGUAGAGAAGCCCAAGAUGUUAGCAGUGAAUCAGUUUCGGCACUAUCGCUUGCAAUUAAGACAACUCAUAUGCCAUCAAAGAACCGCAAGCACGUGUUGGUUGCACUAGGUUUGCGAGGUUCCACACUUCGUCAUUUGGUCACGGAACCAGAAAAGACAUGGCUUUCACAGAUAAUGGAUUUUAUGACGGUUGAUGACCAAACAAUUCUUGGGUAUACCUUUCCUUCCGUGAUAACAACUCUGUAUCUGCAACUUUGGGGUUGUAGCAUUGAUUACAGGCCAAAGAAUCUUAGCUUGCGGUCUUUGCUGACUAUAGAGACAUUUAGCUUGUCCAGCAAUAUCAGCCCUGGAUCCUUGGAGUCUGUUCUCAGAUUUAUUGUUGACGAUUCAGCGCUUUAUCUGUCAGACAAACAGUUUGGUCAUAUCGACCUGAAUAAAGACUAUGUCUGUGUGAUGGAUAUGGAAUUGUUUGAACUGGUUUUGAGACUGUCAGAAUCAGAAGACAAGAAGAGACCUAAAAUGGAGAUGAGCAUGUCAAACAAUGUGUUGAAUAUCCAUACUUGCUCUGACUCUUGUGCAGCCUUGGUUAACCUAAUCAAGUACGUUGCAGCAGAUGGGGAUAUCUGUACAGGAAGUAUGGAAAGCCUUGUGGAACCAAAUUCGCAAAAUGAGAGCACGGAAAAUUUGUAUUCAAGAUCAUCUGUUGACGAAAAUACGAUCGAUUCACUUAUGGCAGAUGCAUUGAUAGAAGAAGAGACGCCAAAAGAGAAUGAAACACAAAACACAAAGAUCUUCACUGAUCGUCAUGGCUUCACUUCAUCGGAACUCUUCUCCUCCUCAGCAACCAGCAACUCUAGCAGCACUAGAAGUCUUAAUGAACAACUGGGAGAUGCUUGUGAUGAUGAUUAUGAUGAUCGUUCUUCUAGUGGGGAUGAAUAUUGUAUUUUGGAGCAAGAUGACGAGAAUGACGAUAACAGUGACUUUGAACCAGUGACAAGAAAGUUAAUCGCUCCGGAUGUCCACAUUCUCGACAAUUUUUUCCAGGUUCCGCGUGGAAGAUACGACUUGCUGGGUGCACCCACUGGUUACCCUUCUCCAGUCUAUCGAUACACAAUAAGAGAAAUGUCGGUGGUUUGGAAGAUGUAUGGUGGAAGGGAUUUUCAAGUACCAGAGUACAAUUCACCAAGUCCCUUAGAAAGUGGAUCUCCAACACUGAACAGUUAUUCGCCAAGACAAUCCCCCGUCCAUCGUCAAGGACAGAACAAAAAACCUCAGCGAUUGUCGAAGAAAUAUGAGGACAAAAAUUUUGCAGUUUCAGAAAACGAACGAAGAAAAGGGAAAUACAAAGGGGGUCUUGGCCGUGAUUACAAUACCCUUGUGGAGCUUCAUUUGAACAAGAUUCGAUUCCAACACGAGAUUUAUCCAGAUGACGAAGAAAAGAUUUCCAGAGAUGUCUUACUUAUUUAUGACGUAGAAAUCACAGAUCGUUUGGCAUCAUCACAGAUUAACAAAUUUUUGUACCGGUUUUCAUCUGAGGCUUUGCCAAUAAAGACAAGUGCACACAUGAUCACAGUGAAACUUCUUUUAACAAAACCAGAAGAUGAUGUGAAGAACAAAGAGGGGACGCUGCGCAUUUCGUUGCAGCCAAUCAGGCUCAAUGUCGAUCAGGAUGCUUUGUUCUUCAUGAAGAAUUUUUUCACUGAGAUUUCUGGUGAAAAUCAAGUAAAACAUUCCAGUUCUGCACCCGAUGUUAGAGCAUUGAAAAGAGAAGGAGUUCGGUUCUCUUCGUCUCCGUCUUGUGGAACAACAGCAGAAAGUCUUGCAGAGGAGCUCAAUAUUAGCGAAGAACAUUUUGCUGCUUCUGCUCCUCUGUAUUGCAGCCAGAGUAGGGAAAACCUGUCAGCAGAUGAUUCGCCUGUGUUUUUCCGUUCGGUUGUUUUCUCGCCAGAAGUUCCCAUUCGGCUGGAUUACCAUGGAAAGUCUGUUAAUAUGGGCCAGGGAACCCUUGCUGGACUUCUUAUUGGCUUGGCACAACUGAACUGUUCUGAGCUCAAACUGAAAAGACUCUGCUGCCGAAGUGGACUCUUGGGAACCGAUAAAAUACUGAAUUACGUAUUAAACGAAUGGCUUACAGAUAUUCGCCGGAAUCAGAUACCCGGAAUACUGGGUGGUGUCGGUCCUACGUAUAGCUUUGUACAGUUAUAUCAAGGUAUCAAAGACCUAUUUUGGCUGCCUGUCCAACAAUAUAGACAAGAUGGCCGGCUGGUCCGAGGUUUACAGAAAGGGGCACACUCAUUUAGUACUUCGACAGCAAUGGCUGUUCUAGAAAUCACUAACAGGAUAGUGCAGACUGUUCAGGUUGCAGCGGAAACUGCAUAUGAUAUGGUGAGUCCAGGCCCUAGCCCCGAAGGAGGAGCCUCAAAGCGGCAGUCUGCAAAAAGCAAAUCAGAACAGCCGGUUGAUCUCAGAGAGGGUGUAACAAACGCUUACAAUGUAUUGUCUGAGGGAAUCACCCAAACCGCUACAACAAUUGUAAGAGUCGCUGUAGAAGAGCACGAGAGAAAAGGUGUUACUGGUGCUGUUGGAGGCGUUCUUAGGCAAAUACCCCCGUCUAUUAUGCAACCUUUCAUCCUGGCAACAGAAGCAACGUCAAAUGUUUUAGGGGGUGCACGAAACCAGCUGUCACCGGAUGCAAGAAUAGAAGCGGCAAAAAAGUGGAAAGCGACACAAAAAUCUCAAAAGUGACAGUCGAACGUACAUUUUCGCACAGUGGUAAAUAUAAUCAUGUAAUAAAUCUGUUUAUAGACAAUGCGCAUACCCACUGGUGUUAAGUGAAUUGAAGAGUAUUUGAGAUAUCGCUGGUGA